GCGGGAUUGGAACAUAGGCCGAGUUGAUGACAGCCUGGUGUUCACGUUUCUGCGCAGUUCACAGCGGAUUCAUUCCUCAGAAUUUUUUUUUUUUUCUCUGCAACGUGCGUGGCAUUGCCUCGCAGUGAUUUCCGUGGGCGUCGCUAAAGAAGGACCUGGGACCGCUUCGGUGGAGGCGAGGAAGCCACUCCAAACUGGCCAAGCUCCAGAAGGCGGGGAAGCUGCUCCGCGUUUCCCGUUUUAACUCGGCGUGAGCACCGCGCUUUUCCCGGGCAUCGGUGGUCCCGGCACGUCGUGGGUGGUAUUCAUUGCCCAGACGCUCACUGUAAUUCGGAGAGAGAAAAACCACCGUUUCCCGGCAUUUGUCGUGGAGGAGGAGAACUAAGCUAUAGGAAAAUGUCUGUUUUCCCUAAAAUAUCUUUGAGACUUGAGGUUGAAAACUAUCUUAAAGCGGGCUUUAUGAAUAAAGAGGUUGUAUCCGCUUUUGGUAAACAAGAAGCAGAAAGGAGGUUUGAAACUCUGCUACAUAACUUGUCCCACCCUCCAUCAUUCACAACUGUCAGAGUAAAUACGCACCUAGCCUCAGUACAACAUGUGAAAAAUCUGUUAUUUGAUGAGCUUCAGAAGCAAUUUAAUGGAUUAAGUUUUCCUAUUCUUCAACAUCCAGACCUUCAGGAUGUCUUACUUAUUCCUGUUGUUGGACCUAGGAAGAAUAUAAAACAACAGCCCUGUGAAGUCCUCGUUGGAGCCCAGUGUGGCAGUGCGGUGCUACGGGGAGGCCACGUCUAUGUUCCAGGAAUUGUGUCAGCCUCAACAUUUAUGAAACGUGGAGAUGUUGUUUCCGUGUACUCUGAUAUUAAAGGCACAUGUAAGAAAGGAGCCAAAGAAUUUGAUGGAACAAAAAUAUUUCUUGGAAAUGGGAUUUCUGAACUGAGCCGCAGAGAGAUCUUCAGCAGGCUGUGUGAACUGAAAGGUUUAGGAGUAAGAAUGAUGGAACCAGUAUAUCUUAGCCCCUCCUUUGACAAUGUACUGCCCAGCUACUUGUUUCUACAGAAUUUGCCAUCUGCGGUAGUAAGUCAUGUUCUGGAUCCCCAGCCUGGAGAGAAGAUUCUAGAUUUGUGUGCAGCACCCGGAGGCAAAACAACACACAUUGCAGCACUAAUGCAUGAUCAGGGAGAAGUGAUAGCACUGGAUAAAAUAUCCAAGAAAGUAGAAAAAAUAAAGCAGAAUGCAUUAUUGUUGGGGCUGAAUUCCAUCAGGGCAUUUUGCUUUGAUGGAACAAAGGCCCUCAAACUUGAUAUGGUUAAGGACACAGAUGGAGAACCUCCAUUCUCACCAGCAUCUUUUGACCGAAUUCUUCUGGAUGCACCCUGCAGUGGAAUGGGACAGAGACCAAACAUGGCUUGUAUUUGGACUUUGAAAGAAGUGACAUCAUAUCAACCAUUACAGCGAAAACUCUUCGCUGUGGCAGUUGAGCUGCUGAAGCCAGGGGGCGUGCUGGUUUAUAGCACCUGCACUGUCACCCUGGCAGAAAAUGAAGAACAGGUUGCCUGGGCCCUCAAGACAUUCCCUUGCCUUCGGCUUCAGCACCAGGACCCACAGGUUGGAGGAGAAGGGAUGCUGGGAGCUGGCCUGUCACCUGAACAGCUGAAACAGCUGCAGCGAUUUGAUCCCUCUGUGGUGCAGUCACAGGACAGAGACAUUGGUUCUCUCAGAGACUGCAGGACAGAAGACAUGAUUUGGCUUGCGAAUAAGGAUUGUAUAGGCUUUUUCAUUGCAAAAUUUAUAAAAUGCAGAAGCACGUAGGAGAAGGAUCCUUAGAAGUGAAAAUUCCAAAAGUUUGCAAUGUGUGUUUUUUUUGGUUUGUUGUUUUUAAACCCAAAACUGUUGUUAGACCACGUGAUUGAAGCUGUGGUUGCAGAGGAAACAGAAAAGGCUGUUCCACCAGGAAUCAAGAGACUCUACUUCACAGAGGAAGUAGCUGGGGGGUGGGGAGGGGAGCAGUUUGAGAUUAUAUCUUGUGUUUAUAAAAUACUUUUUCCUUUAUGGAUUUAGAGUAUAAAGAAAAGGAGAUGCCUGGAAUAUAUUUUAAUUUGGGGUCUUUGUUUUAAUUUGUAAAUAAUGCAAGUCAUUUUUAGUGUUAAAAUCAGUGGAUUUAACAAAGGAAUAAAAUUAGCAGUAUUUAAUUUGGUUAUAAAACACAUUUUUCCAUUAUUAGUUCCUAAGUACGAGUUCCUUCAGAAUUCAGGGUGUGGGAACUGUAACUUAAUUUAUCACGUGCCGGGAAGUGAGGUGGGGAUUUUACCUGACUUUUUCUGUUUACUAUUUGGUAAAUCAACCCUCUUUCAAGUGAAUUCUGGACUGCUCCCAAAUGACAGCCUCCCUUCACUAUGUCGACUUUUUUUUUCUUCUUUAUAUUUUAAACUAAAAACUAAAAUGAAUUUUUUAAAACUCUGUAGAUUAAAAUUGAGAUUAUUGCACAGUUUGGGUACCUUUUGUUCUCUAAUGGAAUACAUAUAAGUUCUUAGAGAUGUGAUUGGUGAGAAAGGCAUCUUGUGAGAGUUGGGAAGUGGCCAGCUCUCCUUGCUGUUCUCCCACUGAACUGAAACAACAACACACAACACCCUUUCCAGACCAAGCAACUGUGACUAGGAUAGAUCUAGACAAAACAAGACCACUUCACCAUCAAACCUGAAAUCACCCAAACCGCAGAAGUGACCAAACAUCACCCGUAGCAGCCAAUGUGUCCGUUAGGAAUUUCUCGAAACUCUUGUAUCCAUGCAGCACGCAAGGUCUCUCCGGAUCAGGUGAGAUCUUCAGAAGCCUCUGCUCUCCUUUCUUGCACACCUUUCGCUGAGGCUGGGUCAGGCAUGUCUCUCUCUACACCCCUCGUACCUCUGUCUCCUCCUGGCACGGCACUUGACAUCCCUCUAGUGUGCGGGGCUGGCCCCUGGCUGCUGCCCCCAGGCUUGGGAACAUCCGGGAGGCAGGAACCCUGCGCUUUCCAUACAGGUUCAGAGCAGAUCACCGUUAUACCGUAUUGAAUAAGGGAAAAGACACGUCAGGCGCCCUAAGGUUCAAACACGUGACUGACUGCUUUCCAUCCCUCGUUCUGCCCGAUGUCCAGUAGAUGUCAUUUGUCUAAAGAGAAACUGCUGUUUCUAGGGCUCGGCAUAGGUCCCCCAACUUUCAAUAUAUUUUUGAAAAACACAAACUCCAUCCCUUUUCAUGCUCUCUGCAGAGCCUUAGAUGCUAGGCUGGGAUGGAAACGGUAGGGAAGGAGGCUGGCAGCAAGUGUGUGAAGUUUUGAUUAAUACCAGCAGAUAUCAGAAUACAAGCAGUGCCGGCAAGACAGAGGAAAAAUAUUUGCAUAUUGAAAACACUCAGGACAAAUAAAAAAUAUUGUUAAAAUUUGUUCCUUUAACACACACUUUUCAGUAGCUUUCUUUAAAAAAAAAACAAAUUGGAAAAUAAAACACAUUCAAUCUUCAGGAACAUAGACAUUUAAGAAAAACUAUGAUAAAAGAACAAAAAUCAAGAAGAUGCGGAGUACAAUGAAUAUAUUAUUUUUUUAACAUAUUUAACAUUACCAUAGUUAUGUCCAUUAAACAGAAGCAGUUUAAUUCAACAGUGAGUAUAUUUUACUUCAAAAACCGUGUGUCACAUUUUAAAUAGUAAAGUACAAAUAGUUAAAAAUAUAACACAAUUCAGCAACUGACCCAGAGCCAUCUAAUUACCUGUUUUCUCCAACAGCACGACUCUUGAUGUAUUAAUAAGAUUAUCCGGGACUAGCAGCAUUGCGUCACUGAGCAAAGGGCAAGGAAUUAAAUUUGUCAUCAGAAUAGAUCUUCACUUUAAAAACGAAAAACACAAUUCAAAAUCAGAGGCAAGAAUCGCCAAACAUGUAGGAUGAGGGUGGGGGGACGUGGACUUUGCUGUGCUCAGACUUUCAGAGGCCUUUGACCUGCCCGAAGCUGUCACUUAUCAGCCAUCGUGGGGAGAUGACUGCAGCCCGUCAGGGAUGGGCAGCAUGCCCGCCCCCCCCCCCCCCGAAGUCGAAGUGCAGGAGCAGAGCCGAGGAGUCAGCAGGUUGGAAGCUCUCCUAGUGAGUCCCCUUCGGGAGCGAGCUUCCCCCCGGGCCCUGAGGGCUCGGCGGACCCGGGCAGCGCAGCGCAGAGCCACGUGGGUGGACGCCGCGGGCCCAGGCUGGCCGCUUCGCGCGUCUUCAGCAUUCACGCCACUCGCUCGCACACACGCUCACCCCAGACCCACACACACACAGGGGUUCCAGCUCCUAGACUCCAGUGCUGUGACCUAAGACACUAGCUACGCAGAACGUGGUCAUCACAAGUGUGAACUGCAUGGAGUAGAACAACCCUUGGAGUUUGGUUAUAUAUCCCAUAAUUUAUGGUCAACAUGAUAAACUUACAGGGAUGGUGAAACAUUCAGAAAUCAAACCUUUUCAAGUCAAGCAGCCACACGUAUUUACAGUAUGUACAGACUUUCUACUAGAAUGGGGGUAGGUGUCUAGACGAUGUAAUUACAAAUUUCCUGAAGGUGGGCAUUUCUAGUCCCUGUAAUUCAUAAAGCAAAUCUGCUGACUUGGCAUUAAGACUCUAAAAUAGUGUGAUCAAACUGAUAUAUAUAUAUAUUAUAUAAUUAUAAGAAGGUGUUGGCAGAAAUAACAUUUACAAACUGUCUAUACAGUACACAAUACUAGUACAUAGAAAAUAGAUUCUGACUUUAUGAUCCCCUUUGUGUAAGGCAAGACUGAAUCUGUCCCCAAAUUUAGUCAGCCAGAGGUACAAGCAGGAAAGUGGUCCAUGGAUGAAUAUGCAAAUCAGGUGCCUACAUAUUAAAAAUCGGGAGAAUCAAGAAAUUCCACUUUUUAUCGGGGCCGAUUCUGGCCGGCUGGAUACAACAACCACAUUUUUGAAAACAUCAUCUAUGCCUCUGAAAAGACUAACGCCACGUGGGUGGCAACCGAUCUUGUUCCAGUGGCAGAUAUCCCAGACAGUUUUCAAAGUCCAGGAGACAACCAGAGGACUGCAGCCUUUCCAGGCGAAUUUAUGUAGCACUUACAAAAGGAAAAAAAAAAAGUAUAUUAAUACUCUAUUUCAUGCUAUUGCUAGUCAAGCAACAGCCGUACGAAAUAUACAAGACAGAUCACAUGUGAUUGCAAUGUAGACCCCCCCCCCCCAAGACUGAGUUGGAAGGUGGUGGUAUACAAGACCUAGAAAUAAAAAAACCAACGACACAAAAGGGCAUAAGUCAUUGGCGGAUGUAAACAUCCCUGUUCCAGUCCCCAGCCUCAUUCCGUCUCCUGGACACCCCUUCCCCCUCCUUGUCAC